GAUCUUUGUGAGGGUUUGCUUGCAUGACAUGUUUGCUCAGCCAAGGAUAGCUGAGGUGAUGCAUGCUCUACACUCCCCAGGUCUGCGAUCACCUCGCAAGGACUUCUUAGACGCGAGCCCUGGGAUCCGAGGGAGCAAGAGAUUUAGCGAAAAGCCAGCUGUGAUCUCAUUAAACGGGAAGAGCGGAUGGAGCAGCAACAUGCCGAUCCGCAGUGAGGGGAGUUACGCGGAGGAAUCCGAUGAAUCUAGGUCGAGGCUGCCUUCUAUAUCAAGGAAGCGAGCUCCUCCCAUCGUGGCUGGAAAGCGAACAAGGUUUCCGAGAUGGCCAGAGUCAUCCAUAGGCUCCAUCUUCGGACGGAACCAGGACGAGGCACAGAACCACUAUCAGACUGUCAAUCAAUUUUUCCUCAGUCCAACCAGGCCGCAAUACCCGGACGAGUCGUUUCCACAGGGAAGACAGAUUCGUGAUCAUUGGGAUAACAUCUGGUACCGUUAGUAGC